GUCCAUGGAAGCGGGCGCGGUCACACAAUCUUACCACCCACCACAAAUGCUUCAAGGUUCUGCAAGGCCACAUGUACAGCCCAUUGCUUAACUAGCAGUACUAGCUGACUGAUGCUGCUGCCACCUUUGCAUGCCUCCCCUCGCCGGUGACCUCCGGGGAAGUCGACCGCUGAACCGACAACCGACGGGCCGACACGCGCGAGCAGCCACGGAGAAGCCGGUGGCCGUCUUUGCCGGUCAUGGCGUACCCGUAUGUCUUCCACGCGCAGGCGCCACCGGCCAGAGCGGAGGAGCACAAGUCCAAGGGCGCAAUGCCGCAGCCACAGGUCAGGCCCCAGUGGCCUGUCGGCAGCGGCGCCGGGCGUGGGUGUGGCGGCGGCGGAGCCGGGUGGAUGGGUCUUGGCUCCCGGGAGAGGCCGCUCGCGAGUGCUUAUGAUCUCGUGGAGCAGAUGCAUUACCUGUACGUGCGCGUCGUUAAGGCGCGCGGGAUCCCCGUGGGCGCGGUCACCGGCGGCUGCAACCCCUACGUCGAGGUGCGCCUCGGCAACUACCGCGGCACGACGCCGCACCACGACAGGAAGUCGAGCCCGGAGUGGAACCAGGUCUUCGCCUUCUCCAGGGAGCGCGUCCAGGCCACGGCGCUCGAGGUGUUCGUCAGGGACAGGGACGCCGUGGCGCGCGACGACUACGUCGGCAGGGUCGCGUUCGACAUCAGCGAGGUGCCGCUGCGCGUGCCGCCCGACAGCCCGCUCGCGCCGCAGUGGUACCGCCUCGAGAGCGUGCGCCAUGGUGGCAAGAUGGUGCUGCCGACCGAGGUCAUGCUCGCGGUGUGGGUCGGCACGCAGGCCGACGAGGCGUUUGGGGACGCAUGGCACGCCGACGCGGCGUCGGCGCGCGGCGGCGCUGAUGGUGUGGCCGCGGUGCAGAGCGCGCGGUCCAAGGUGUACGUGACGCCUAAGCUGUGGUACCUCCGGAUAAACGUGCUGGAGGCACAGGACGUCGUGACGGGCGGCUUCGUCGGCGACAAGGUCCGGCAGCACGUCGAGGUCUUCGCCAAGGUGCAAGUCGGCGGCAUGAUGCUCCGGACCAAGCCGUGCGCCAUGAGGAAUCCGACAAGCCUGGCGUGGAACGAGGAGCUGGUCUUCGUUGUGGCGGAGCCGUUCGAGGACCCGGCGGUGCUCAUCGUCGAGGCCCGGGCGCACCCCGGCAAGGACGAGAUCGUUGGGCGUGCCGUGCUGCCGCUCACGAUCUUCGAGAAGCGCCUCGAACGCGGGGCGGUCCACUCGCAGUGGUUCAGCCUGGAGCCGUUCGGGCAUCCUUUGCGCCGGCCGGAAGCCACUUUCGCCGGCCGCGUCCACCUCCGGGCGUGCCUCGAGGGCGCGUACCACGUCAUGGACGAGCCGACCAUGUACGUCAGCGACACGCGCCCGACGGCGCGGCAGCUGUGGCGCCCUCCCGUCGGCGUGCUCGAGGUCGGCGUCCUCGGCGCGCAGGGACUCACUCCCAUGAAGACCGCCGACGGGCGGGGCACCACAGACGCCUACUGCGUGGCCAAGUACGGGCAGAAGUGGGUGCGCACGCGCACCGUCGUGGACUCGUGCAGCCCGCGGUGGAACGAGCAGUACACGUGGGAGGUCUACGACCCCUGCACGGUGCUCACGCUCGCCAUGUUCGACAACUGCCACCUCGGCAAAGCCAAUGCCGCCGCCGGCAACGCCGUCCUCAGAGACCAGGUGAUGGGCAAGGUGAGGAUACGCCUCUCCACGCUGGAGAUGGACAAGGUGUACACCAACGCGCACCAUCUCGUCGUGCUGCACCCGUCCGGCGUGCGCAAGAACGGCGAGCUCUGCCUCGCCGUGCGCCUCACCUCCGUCUCUCUCGCCAGCGUUAUGUGCUUGUACGGGAAGCCCCUCCUCCCCAAGAUGCACUACGUCCAGCCGUUCGCCAUCCCGCAGCUCGACGCGCUCCGGCGCCAGGCGAUGAGCAUCGUGGCGGCGCGGCUGAGCCGGGCCGAGCCGCCGCUGCGGCGGGAGGUCGUGGAGUACAUGCUGGACGCGGGCUCGCACCUGUGGAGCAUGCGGCGGAGCAAGGCCAACUUCUUCCGGGUCACGGCGCUGCUGUCCGGCGCCGCCAGCACGGCGCGGUGGCUCGUGGACGUGUGCCACUGGAGGAACCCGGUGACCACCGUGCUGGUGCACUUGCUCUUCGUCACGCUCAUGUGCUUCCCGGAGCUCAUCCUGCCGACCAUGUUCCUGUACAUGGCCCUGGCCGGCCUGUGGAACUACCGGCGCCGGCCCCGCCGGCCGGCGAGCAUGGACGCGAGGCUCUCCUGCGCGGAGGCGACUCACCUCGACGAGAUCGACGAGGAGCUGGACACGUUCCCGACGUCGAAGCCGAACGACGUGGUGCGGCUGCGGUACGACAGGCUGCGGAGCGUGGCCGGGCGGAUCCAGACGGUGGUCGGCGACGUGGCGACGCAGGGGGAGAGGGUGCGGUCGCUGCUCGCGUGGAGGGACCCAAGGGCGACGGCGCUGUUCACGGCGCUCUGCCUCGUCGCCGCCGUGACGCUGUACGUCACGCCGCUCCGGGUCGUGGCGCUCGUCGCCGGGCUGUACGCGCUCCGCCACCCGCGGUUCCGGAGCCGGAUGCCGUCGGCCGCCGGCAACUUCUUCAAGAGGCUGCCCUCCAGGGCCGACACCAUGUUGUAGCAUGUACGUGGUUCGUUGCGAUUUGUUCAUGUGUUUUGUUCGAUUCUUCAGUUCGCUGCCAUGUUGUAGCAUGUACGUGGUUCGUUGCGAUUUGUUCAUGUGUUUUGUUCGAUUCUUCA